AUGUGGGAUGCUGCUAGAAAUGAGUUUGGAUCAAUAGAUAGCACUGGAUAUCUUGAAGUUGCUGACUUGUCUUUGGAUGAGCCAGGCUUAGAGGUUCUUUUGACUGCAGCUAAUAAAAGAAAGUUUGAGUUUGACUCUCAUAGUGGCUGUAACAGCAAGAGGCAUACUUUGGCUCGUCCAAAUAAUAUGAAUAUAAAUAUAGUAGACGUUAAUGAAGUUUUUAGACAACUUAGAUUGGCAAGAUAUGGAGAAGGGUCGUUCGACAAAUUUAGAGACUGGAAGGAUACAAACUUGUGGAAGGAUUUGUUAAGAGUUUUGAUUGAACAGCGUCAUUUACCUAUAAAUUUGGGGUCAUUAUUUUUCGUUGUCUCCGAUUAUGCCAGAAGUUAUGCUAUGGACCCACAUAUGGAAUGGCUUACCGAUGAAUCUUUGAAGAGAGACGUUGCGGCAGUGUUUAAAUUGGAGCCCUUGGCUGACCAAAAGGGCUGCCUAUCAAUUGAGCAGCUCGAAGUAGUAAUGCAAAAUAUGAAAAACACUGGAUUGCUGGUCAGUGAUGAACAAGUUGGUGAAACCAGUUUCAACUCGGGCGGAAGGAGUGGGGGAAAGAAUCCUGUCAAGAGAUUGAGAGGAAGGUCAUCAACAUCAUCAGGUGAGAGGAGACUCAAAUGUUCUGAAAAUUUUGAAGAACUAGGUAACAUCUUGCAACUUACAUUAGUGUACAGGGAUGCUUGUCAUGCAUUAUUUUUUAUUUCUAAACAACUCAAUGUGCUUGGCAUGUUGCUAGUGAUAGGUAUGGAGGAACGGGAGAAUAUUUCUAAACAACUCACUCGUCUUUUCGAUACUGACCAAUUGUCUGCCCGGCAAGUAAAUGACACUAUCAAUAAUUUUUUUCCUGAAACUGGUCAAAUGAUGGUGAGAGCUCGAAUGUGGUCAAAAAUGUCAGAGGCCAAGCAGGUUGCCUUUAUUAAAGAUUUCUCACCAUCCACUAAGUAA